ACCUGCUUUUGAUCACUUGUCAAAAUUAAACAAAAUUACCAAUAUUAUGUGUUCCUGCCACACAGGUAUUAUAGUUUCCAGAAGUUAAGAAACAAUGUUUACUGUGGCGCGAAUAAUAAGCUCGACAACAUGUACCAGACUGUUAUAUGCACGGAAAGCACCUUCUCAUAUCAAUGUGCCUCAUAAAAAGAUAUGGAUUAGCUUACGCAAAAAGAAUGGCCUAGUUUUUAGAGACCACUCCGUUUUGAGCACGAAAAAUGUCAUUUACAAAUAUCCCUUCAAAUCCCACAGGCGGCAAUACUCCGACAGACUAUACGAAAAAGGCAGAGGAGAGGAACUUAACUAUUUUCUUAGGCUUGGCAGAGAACAAUUUAUGAAAAUUAGAAAGAAUAGGAUUCAAGAAAUUACCAACGAUAUCGCGAAAUUGGAAAAAGAGAUCCAAGAAAUGGAAAAGCAAACAAGUCGCCGUUCACAGAAAAAUAAAGAGCUUCUUAUGAAGGAAUUGCAGGCUCUAAGGGAUAUGUUAGAGAGAUUUCAUAAGACCUUCGAAAAAGAGAACGAAUAAAAGAUCUCAGAUAAUAAAUUUUAAAUUUUUUAUAUAUCUACAGAUCCAGACAGUCCAAUACCGUGAGAAAUAAUGCUUAAGGUCGUAGAAAAGAUAAUUCAACUGU